AUGGAGGCGACACUGCGGCGGCUCCGGAAUCGGGGUGCCGCCGACAUCGCUCACCCGUCGCAGGCGGGAACGGAAAAUCACCCGACACCCGCUGCUUUGCGUGUGAGGCGCGUAAUUAUCCGUUGGUCUUCCGGAGCGCGCCUCGCUAUGGGAAGUGACGCUUGUUAUGGGCGUUGGGAGCUCCAUAUUAAGAGGAAUAGACGUAUACUUUUGCAGGGAAGUGGUGUUGAUAAGUGUUCUUCGGAGAAGGCUUCUCAGGUGAAGUCUUCACCAGGUUCAAUGGCCAGCAGAGCAACUGAAGCGCCGCGCGAGCAGCCAAGCACUGCCGCAGACGCAAGGAACCCAAGGAACCCAGUGGAGACUAGCGGUGUUUCUUGGGCAGCUGUGCAAGAUGCUGACGUAGGAACCCAUAAGAAAGAGUCGAAGACAGCUGGCACCGCAGCUGAGACUGGGGGAAGCUGUGAACCGCUUACGCCUCCAAAAACGGUUGGAUCAAAGCGCCACCACAGUCCCAUGGUGGCGGUGAAGGCGCGAAUACCACCGAGCGGAGCAGGGGAGGCCGAGCUUUCGGCACCAGAAAUACCGCAGGCACCAGUGGACAGGGCUAGUGGCGACGGGCGCAACUUUCCCGACGGUGUAACCUGGUCUGCGCUCUACACGCGCCUGUUACAGGCUAUGCAGCGCACGCGCGAGUUCGAGGUGCAGCUCUCCCUCGCAAAGUCUGACCUGAUGCGCCUCCAGACAGAAUGGUUACAAGCUGUCUGGACUCGACGUCAUGCGGCCAGUUUAGAGCUGGUGACGGGUGUUUCCGAGACCGGCGUCAGCUGGGAAGUUCCAGCGCGAACAUCAGUGCCAGCCGGGGCAGGGCCUGCACAGUUGUUCUCUACGACGGGAAUGCAUGCGAAUGCGUCAAUAGGUACGAUUCCAGACACACGAACAGCAAGUCAUGGUGUCUGGUUGACCAUUCCGGACGCACCUGCGGUGCCUCUCCAGUCCGCAGCACCAACGAGUUCGCUGACGCGCACAUUGCCCUGUGGAUCAAACCUGCAAAGUGACAGCAUAGAUUCGAGCUCGUGCUUGUACCAAGGAAGCGAAGCCAAACCAGGGGUGCAUGCCUGCAACUGCUCAACUGCGAGCAGUCGAACAUUUGGUGAGCACGACACCCCGUCCGCUUCAGAAUCGGAGAAGUUCUAUCCACAGCAUCCAACUGCGGAUGCACAUUCGACGGAGCAAAUAUCGCUGCCGCCCGCUGCAUCAACGACACCGAAGACGAGUGGCUCGAACCAAAGUCGUCGUCGUCGUUGUCGUCGUCGUCAUCGACAGUCAAGUCCUGUCCCGGGUACGUCAAGAUACUGGACGGAGGCUGAGCACAAGCUCUUCCUGGAAGCGCUCAAGAUCUACGGCCACCGCAAUCUCAAAGCGAUCAGUGCUCAUGUUGGCACGCGGAAUCCGACACAGGUACGAACUCAUGUUCAGAAGUACUUUAUGCGCCUCACUCGAGAAGCCCUGCGGCUCGAAGACACUCGCAGGACCUCAGUGCAACCCUCGAUGCAGUCGGCGACAUCCGCUACGUCCUCCCGCGGCGACGGCGCGUCUGCGCCUUUUGGCAGCACAGAGCAGCUGCCAGCGCCGGGCAUCGAGCUUCGCUGCAGCGGAGCGUGCGCGCAGCCGCACGCGUUAAUGCCGUGCGAGCCUGCCCAAGCGCCUGCCUCUGCAGCAUCGACCAGUUACACUGAGGAGACACCAUCAGACUACCGAGCACGCAACCAGGAGCACGGCUCCAGUGUCCCUGGAGAGAUCGAGGAGCAUCCUCGCGAGACGCGUAGGCAGCCGUUCAACUCGGUACCAGAUACUUGUGGCGUUCAUUUGUUGUCACUUGUUGCACAGGAGAAUAUGCUAUAG